AAAUUCGAGGGACGAUAACCGAACGAUUGACGUGUCGUGGCCUGGUUCUGCCACGUUUUUCGUUCCCAUUUCACGAAUAAUAACGGCGAAAUAUGGGACUUUUGUCGAUCUUGAGAAAAUUGCGUUCGAAUCCGGACAAAGAAUUGCGAUUGCUUCUUCUGGGAUUAGACAAUGCUGGGAAAACAACGAUUUUAAAAUCGCUGGCCAGCGAGGAUAUUACGCAGGUAACGCCGACACAAGGCUUUAAUAUAAAAAGCGUUCAAAGCGAAGGUUUUAAAUUGAACGUUUGGGACAUAGGAGGUGCUCGAAAAAUUCGUCCCUAUUGGCGAAAUUAUUUCGAAAACACGGAUGUUUUAAUAUACGUCGUGGACAGCGCGGACAUAAAGAGACUAGAAGAAACAGGUCAAGAAUUGUCAGAACUUUUGCUGGAGGAAAAAUUGAGAGGUGUUCCUUUGUUGGUGUACGCAAAUAAGCAAGAUCUUGGACAAGCUGUCACAGCGGCCGAAAUCGCUGAAGGUCUUGGACUGCACAACAUUAAGGAUCGCGAUUGGCAGAUACAAUCAUGCAUCGCGACUGAAGGGAAAGGCGUCAAGGAGGGUCUUGAAUGGGCAUGCAAGAACAUCAAGAGGAAGUAACGCUGGUGUAAGAAUGACAACGAGAACCGAAACGGUUUACCAUGUAUCUCGUACAUCCAACAUACGUUUUAUUUGACUUUUACCUAAUAUUUACAAAAGCUGUUGCAGACAACGCAAGCGUAUGAACACGAUCGAAAUGGAUCUAGUCAUUCAACUUCCGUCCUUCAUGGAAGGAGCUUUCCUAAGCUCGGAUUUACGAUGUCCCGAAGAAUAUUGUAACGCGUAGCUUCUCACACGUGUUCUUCUUAUAAAAUAGAAUUUUUAUAGAUUCCAUUGGAAAGAAAUAAAUAUAGAAAAUGAAUCCAAAGAAGAUAUUAUAUAUAUAUA